AUGCUGCCGCCGCCACCGCCGCCGGCGAAUGAGAAACAGUUAGGUCAGCAAGGACUCGUUUUGAACUACGAACUGUCGACUAACAAAAGCUGGAACAAGCCUGGAAAUCGGCGGAGUGGGGGGAGUGCUGACAUUACUGCUUGGUUUAAUUACGGGUUCAAUGAGGUGACAUUUAAGCAGUAUAUUCAGCAAGAGAUAAACAGAAGAACUCAGGUCGUGAGUAAAAUCCACGUCGAUGACGACUAG